GGCUCAGGCAGCAGCAGCCGCGAGGACUCGGCGGAGCGGAGCCCCGCGCCCGCCGCGCCCCGGGCCAGCAUCAUGAAGGAUGGCUCCCGGCAGCGGCCGCCUCACAAGAAGAAGACGGUGUCCUUCAGCUCCAUGCCCCAUGACCGCAAGAUCAACAGCACAGCUGCCUGCAUCUCCCUCAUGCUGGAGGGCUGUGAGCUGAAGAAGGUACGCUCCAACUCCCGCAUGUACAGCCGCUUCUUCGUGCUGGAUGCCGACAUGCGCUCUGUGCGCUGGGAGCCCUCCAAGAAGGACUCUGAGAAGGCCAAGAUUGAGAUUAAAUCGGUCAAAGAGGUGCGUGUGGGCAAGAAGACCCCUGUCCUGCGCAGCAAUGGCCUCUCCGACCAGUUCCCAGACGAGUGCGCCUUCUCCAUCAUCUACGGAGACAACUACGAGUCCCUGGACCUGGUGGCCAGCUCAGCAGAUGUGGUGAGUGCCUGGGUGAUGGGGCUGCGCUACCUGGUGUCCUAUGGAAAGCACAGCCCUGAGGCGCCCGGGACUGGCCAUCCCAGCCUGCGGACGUCCUGGAUCUCCUCUGUCUUCGACCUUGCUGACCUGGAGAAGUCUGGCUGCAUCCCUGUGUCCCGGGCUGUGCAGCUGAUCAAAGCACUCAACCCUGGCAUGAAGACCUCCACCAUCGAGCUGAAGUUCAAGGAACUGCAGAAGGCCAGUGAGCGUCCUGGCACGGAGGUGGCCUGCGACCUCUUUGUGGAGGCAUACUGCGAGCUCUGCACCCGCCCUGAGAUCUUUUUCCUGCUGGUCCAGUUCUCCAGCAACAAGGAGUACCUGGGUGUGAAGGACCUGCUGAUGUUCCUGGAGGUAGAGCAGGGCAUGGAGGGGGUGACAGAGGAGAAGUGCUUGGAGAUUGUCAGCAAGUAUGAGCCCUCCAAGGAGGGCCGGGAGAAAGGCUACCUGGCCAUCGACGGCUUCACGCGUUACCUGCUCUCUGCUGACUGCUCCAUCUUUGACCCGCAGCACCGCAAGGUCUGCCAGGACAUGGCGCAGCCCCUCUCCCACUACUACAUCAGCUCUGCCCACAGCGCCUGCCUGCUGGAGGACAACUUCUGGGGCCGCUCAGACAUCAGUGGCUACAUCAGUGCCCUGGGCCUGGGCUGCCGCAGCAUCGAGCUGGUGCUGUGGGACGGCCCUGAGGGCGAGCCCGUGGUCUACACCAGCCCCUCAGCUGCCUCCUGUGUGCCCUUCCGUGCCGUGGUGGGGCUGAUUGACCAGCACGCCUUCACUGCCUCCGCCUACCCCCUCAUCCUCUGCCUGGUGGUGCGCUGCUCGGCCCCCCAGCAGCGGCUGGCUGCCCAGUGCCUGCGCAAGACGCUGGGGGAGAAGCUGUACCUGGAGCCCCCCAACCCCGUGGCGUCCUACCUGCCCUCCCCGGAGGAGCUCAAGGGCCGCAUCCUCAUCAAGGGCAAGAAGCUGCCACCCACCUGCGAGGACAGCGAAGGGGAGGUGUCGGAUGAGGAGGAAGGCUGGGAGCUGGCGCGGCGACUGGGCCAGGAGGACCGGGAGGCACCGGAGGGAGGUGGGCUGCGGCGGGUGCGCCUCAGCCGGGAGCUUUCAGAGCUGGUGAGCCUCUGCCAGGCAGUCCCCUUCCAGGACUUUGAGAGCUCCAGACGUGGGCAACGCUACUGGGAGAUGUGCUCCUUCAGCGAGGUGGAGGCGGGGCGCUUCGCCAAUGAGUGCCCGGCUGAGCUGGUCAGCUACAACAAGCGGUUCCUGUCCCGCAUCUACCCCAGCCCCAUGCGCAUCGACGCCAGCAACAUGAACCCCCAGGAUUUCUGGAAGUGCGGCUGCCAGAUGGUGGCUAUGAACUACCAGACACCAGGGCUCAUGAUGGACCUGAAUGCAGGCUGGUUCCGGCAGAACGGGGCCUGUGGCUAUGUGCUCCGCCCCGCCAUCAUGCGGGAGGAGGUCUCCUACUUCAGUGCCAACGCCAAGGACUCCCUGCCCGGGGUGCCUGCCCAGCUCCUGCACCUCAAGGUCAUCAGCGGACAGAACCUGCCCAAGCCCAAGGGCUCGGGGGCCAAGGGGGAGGUGGUGGAGCCCUAUGUCUGUGCUGAAAUCCAUGGCAUCCCGGCCGACUGUGCUGAGCACCGCACCAAGACAGCCCUGCAGAGCGGGGACAACCCCAUCUUCGACGAGAGCCUGGAGUUCCAGAUCAACCUGCCGGAGCUGGCCAUCCUGCGCUUCGUUGUGCUGGACGAUGACUACAUCGGGGACGAGUUCAUUGCCCAGUACACCAUCCCCUUUGAGUGCCUGCAGCCCGGCUACCGCCACGUCCCCCUCCAGUCGCUGGCCGGGGACCCCCUGCCCCAUGCCACCCUCUUUGUGCACGUGGCCAUCACCGACCGCCGUGGCGGGGGCAAGGGGCACCGCCGGGGGCUGGCGGGGCGCCGGGGCCGCCGGGUGCGGGAGUACACUUCCACCAAGGCCACUGGCAUCAAAGCCAUCGAUGAAGUCUUCCGGACGGCCACCCAGCCGCUGCGGGAGGCCACUGACCUGCGGGAGAAUGUACAGAAUGCGCUAGUGUCCUUCAAGGAGCUGUGUGGGCUGACACCCGCUGCCAAUAUGAAGCAGUGCAUCCUGACGGUGUCCACAUGGCUGCUGCACAGUGACAGCGCACCCAGCGUCAUCCUCAACCUGGCAGAGCAGUACCCCCCCAUGGAGGCCCAGGGCCCCAUCCCUGACCUGCUGCGCAAGGUCCUCACCGCCUACGAGACGGGAUGGAUUUCCACAAGGAGCUGCACCGCAUCGAGACCAAGGAAGGGCUGCGGGGCCGCAAGCUGCAGAAGGCGCUGGAGACCUUCGCCUGGAACAUCACUGUCCUCAAGGGCCAGGCUGACCUCCUCAAGCACGCCAAGGCGGAGGCACUGGACAACCUGUGGCAGAUCCACAAUGCGGGACAGUCCUGCGGCAUCGGCAGGAACAGAUCAGCCUCGCCAGAGCCCUCUCGGCUGCAAGCCCCGCUGGAGCCCAUCCCCGAGACAGAUGGAGGUGGCGACACAGCGUCCUGCUGACCCCGGUCUGGGGCUCGGGGCCCGGACUGAGCACCCCUGGCUGCAGGGGCUGGGAGCAGGGAGCCCCAGCCUGCCUGGGGAACUUGUGUGAGGCUGGGUGCCUGUGCUCUGCCUUGUGGAGGGGCUCACACCAGAAUUCAGUGGAGAGGCUGGGGAGAGAUGUCCCUGCUCCCUCUUGCCCCACCAAGCUCCCAGAGGGACUCAUCCAUCCCCUCCAUCUUCUUCUGGAACCAGUACUCUGCCAAGAGGCCAGUGGGGAUGCUGAUACCCCAGUGCCCAUGUGCAUGUACCCCCAGCCUGCUGUGCCAGAUGCCACUUGGAAAAGCAGCCCCAGGUCUGGGCUCCUGCCUACCCUGCCCUGGGCUGCAGGUUUGGCCUUCACCAGCCCUGGGGAAUACCUGGCUGGCAGGAAGGAUCCUGGCUGGUCCUGUCACCUCCAUAGCAUCCCUGGGUUCCCUACUGUACAGGGGGACUGGCUCUCUGGUGCAGCAGAUGUGGGGCCAGGGUGUCCCUAAACAGCAGAUGUGGCUUCUGGCAUCAGGGAAACAUUUGGGUUCACCCCCCAGGGCAAGGGAGUUCAGCACAAGCAAAGGCUGGAGGUGGUCUGGGGUUGGGCUGGAGCUUUGGAGUGUUAUAAAGAGUGCAAGACCCUCCCUGGUGCCCUGUGGCUCCCUCUGUUCCAGGCACAGGACCAGGAUGGGGUGGUGUCAUCAAAGGGGAUGGAGGGUGGCACUGGGUACAGCAUGCUGGUGGCACUAUCCCUCCCUGGCACCAGCCAAGUGCAGAGUGACGGCUCCCCACGUCAGUCAGGGAGCUAUACAGCUGCUGGCACCCCUUUGUUCAGGUGGUUAAUUAGCCUAAUGGGGCUCUGAGCAGCGGCCCGAGCACUGCGCUGCUGUUGGAGCCAGAGCCGGCCAGCGCUGACAUUCAGCCUCUUUGUGCCAGCCCAGCAGCUCAGCCCAUGGGCAAUUACAGCCUCAUUAGUGCCAGGCGCCCUGUCCAGUGAGUACCCUCACAAUGGGGAGCUGCAAAUGAGGGGAAAGGCCUGGAUGGUCUCCGGGCUA